GGUUCUCCAAAGGCGGUCUAGGGGGUGGGUAACAUGGAAGGGUAUUUGAGGUAGGAACCAUUCCUUCUAUUAGAAGCUUGCAUUGAUUCCUGGUCAUACUACUCACAUAAAGCAAGAAGCUCGUUUCAGAGGAAGAACUCCAGGUGGACAGUGCUACAUCUUGGGUGGCACAUAUCUUCGGGAGUUGUUGAGGCAAUCAUAGUGGGCCAGGGAGGUCUGAGGAAGUUGUACGGGAGAUGACAUGAAUAGCAAUGAAGGCACAAGUGACUCUAGGCUAUGGGAUCAUGACUGAAAAAUGUGAGUGCAGCUUGUCCAGAGAGGCAGCAGAUGCCCGGGCUACCGAAGGCUGGAGACCAAGCAGGGCGGUGGCCUAGAAUGCUCUUCGAAGCAUUAUUUCCUCCUUGCCGCAAGAGGGCGCUGCACCCAAGGCGCGAAGAGGAAGAAGUAAAGCAAGUCCACGUUGGCCCCGACGCCUGCGUACAGACAACCGCGCCGCCUUUGGCUCCCCUCUUUCUCCAGGGACACGGAUUGGACCCACGGACGGGGCGUGAUGGUAGUCGGUACCGGGACCUCCUUGGCGCUGUCCUCCCUCCUGUCCCUGCUGCUCUUCGCUGGCAUGCAGAUCUACAGCCGCCAGCUGGCCUCCACCGAGUGGCUCACCAUUCAGGGGGGCCUGCUGGGCUCCGGCCUUUUCGUCUUCUCCCUGACUGCCUUCAAUAAUCUGGAGAAUCUAGUCUUUGGUAAAGGCUUCCAAGCAAAAAUCUUCCCUGAGAUUCUCCUCUGCUUGCUGUUGGCGCUCUUUGCCUCGGGCCUCAUCCACCGAGUCUGUGUCACCACUUGCUUCAUCUUCUCCAUGGUUGGUCUGUACUAUAUCAACAAGAUAUCAUCCACUCUGUACCAGGCGACAGCUCCAGUCCUCACACCAGCCAAAAUCACUGGCAAGGGCAAGAAGAGAAACUAACUGUGAAUGAGUAAUAAAGUUGUUUCUUUGUAGCUGUG